AUGGCCGGCAAUAAGAAAAAGAAGAAGCCAGCGGCUAACCCUGCGCGAGGCUUUGCGACCACCUCCAUUGCAGCUAAGCCACGACCCGAAGCGACCGAGUCGCAAACAGCUGCGCCAUCCAGUGCCCCUCCUGAUAAAAACGAUGUCCCUCCAUCGACCACCGAAACGCCCAAGGCGGACAGCAACACGUCGGAAAACCCACUGAGUGCCGAAGAGUUUGAAAAGCAACUUGAGGAAUCUGAACUCCAGCUUCUAGUGGAAAAAUUAGCCCAGAAGUGCAAACGCGAUGCGGCUCGGCAACGUAAUCGACUGGAAACAGACCGGAGGCUACUUCGAGGCCAAGCAGAGUCUGUCAACAGCUUCAAGUGGUUCAGUGCCGAUCUUAUGGACCAUAUUCAAGAUCUUAUCUCAGGAGAAACUCGGUUCUCAGUUUCCAGCUUAUCAGCAGAAAGCCAUGGUGCUGGCAAGAUGCCAUCCGAAGAAGAAAUGGUUUCCCGCUUGUGGACGCUACAACUGACGUUGCAACAUGCCGGUUUCGAGGAGAGUCGAGUCCGCUCAGCUGUUAAACAUAUCCUCGACAUCACACCGAGCAUAUCCACCCCCGGUAAAGAUUUAAUCUGGGGACUGGAAGAAUCCCUCGACUGGCUUGCGCGCGAAUGUGGCCUGGAGGAAUUGCCGGCUUAUGAUAACAGGCCGAAACCAACUUCAAAAGGAGAAACGCCAAGCGAUAGCCCAAUCCCUUCGAGAUCUACGACCCCCAAGCCGAAUCGCCACCUAGCUGGUAGAGGUCUUGACGGACGAGACCGAAAGAUGCAGUCACCCGUAAAGAAAACAAUUGCCACAUGCGACAGCGAUGUUGAACCCGACGAGUUGAUACCCGAGUAUAUUAGCACCAAAACGAAGCUGUUGGAGCUCUCCAGAACUCCAGCGGCUGUUUCCGAUGACAAUGCAAUGACUGUUGCAAAACUUGAAGCUAAAAUACAGAUGAUCGAAAACGAUGUAUUGUUUGACAAGCCAACUGCCGAAGCACAAUGGCGAGGCAAGAAGAUUGCGGUGGAGCAGCAGCUGGCAGUUACAAGAAAACAACGGGAAGCGAAACGUGAAAAUGCAGUGCCUAUGGAAUCCCUGGUGCUGGAAGACCCCAAAGAAAGAGGUAUAAACAAUGAAGCUGAGCGUGUUGCUGCAGAAAUUCUUGCGCAGGUUGAAGACAUGGACGACCUUGAAGGAUUGUUCGACUCCCUGCCACAGAGUGAAAUAGAUCCCGCCACAGGAAAGUCGCAAAUAGUCAUCAACAGUGCCGAUGGCAGAAAAAUGGUACUCAAGGACUUUGGAAAGUGGACAGGAAUGGGACCUCGCCGCAUUUUGGAGGAAGCCUGUCGAUCAAGUGCAGAGCUGGGCGAGAACUGUAAUGACAUAGGGACAAAUCGCUCACUUAUCGGCUAUUCCAUUCGGCUCGAGGCCAAUGUCUCGAAGGAAACUAGGUUGAUAUACGCAACUAUUGGUAUUGUCAUGCGCAUGCUGGAAGGCUCAAAUGACCUGAAAGACAUUACACACUUGGUUCUGGACGAAGUUCAUGAACGUUCGAUCGACAGUGACUUCCUUCUGAUCGUUCUGAAGCGUUUGAUGAUUCAAAGAAAAGAUCUCAAAGUCGUUCUCAUGUCGGCCACUGUUGAUGCAGAUCGCUUCUCUGCAUAUCUGGGUGGAGCUCCCAUCCUCAACGUCCCCGGAAGAACAUUUCCGGUCGAAGUUCGUUACCUGGAGGAUGCCAUUGAGCUCACCAGCUAUACACCUCCAAAUUCGGCUGGUGACAAGAUGGUGGAUUUAGAUGACGAUAUUGGCGACGCUGAUCCGGACGCCCCUAAGAGUGAAAUAUCACAAUCCCUCGCUGCGUACUCACCCAAAACGCGCAGCACCCUCUCCCAGCUGGAUGAGUAUCAGAUUGAGUUCGAUCUGAUUGUGCAGCUAAUCGCUCGCAUCGCCACAGAUGAAGAUUUGCAAAGUUACAGCAGUGCCAUUCUUAUUUUCCUUCCUGGUAUCGCUGAGAUCCGAACACUGAACGAUAUGCUUCUCGGCGAUCCACGGUUUGCCAAAGAAUGGCUGGUGUAUCCUUUGCAUUCUACCAUUGCAACUGAUGACCAGGAGGCCGCGUUCUUAAUACCUCCUCCUGGCAUGCGGAAAAUUGUGCUGGCAACGAACAUCGCUGAAACUGGCAUUACAAUUCCGGACGUUACAUGUGUCAUUGAUACUGGCAAGCAUCGUGAGAUGAGAUUUGAUGAGCGAAGGCAGCUUUCGAGGUUGAUUGACACUUUCAUCUCGAGAGCCAAUGCAAAACAACGCCGCGGCCGAGCUGGUCGUGUGCAAAAGGGCCUUUGCUUUCACAUGUAUACUCAGUUUCGGCACAAUAAUCUCAUGGGCGACCAGCAAACACCAGAAAUGCUUCGUCUGUCGUUGCAAGACUUGGCCAUUCGAGUCAAAAUCUGCAAGAUUGGUGGAAUCGAGGAGACAUUAGGAGAUGCACUAGACCCACCUUCAGCCAAAAACAUUCGCCGUGCAAUCGAUGCGUUGAUAGACGUGCGGGCGUUGACUCCCGGUGAGGAUUUGACACCACUAGGACAUCAACUUGCUCGUCUUCCGUUGGAUGUUUUCCUCGGCAAGUUGAUCCUUUUCGGGACUAUCUUCAAAUGUCUAGAUGUGGCUCUCACGCUCGCUGCUAUACUAUCGUCCAAAUCACCGUUUUCUGCCCCAUUCGGACAACGAGCGCAGGCAGAUAAUGCUCGCGCAGCAUUCCGCCGAGCUGACUCAGAUCUUCUUACAGUCUACAAUGCUUACUUGGGAUGGAAGAAGACAUGCCUAUCGAAUAGCGGUGUAGGGAAGGAAAUGCAGUUCUGCCGCAAGAAUUUUCUAAGUCAACAGACUCUGUCAAACAUUGAAGACUUAAAGGGUCAGCUCUUAGUGUCCCUGGCAGACUCUGGCUUCCUUCCGCUUACUGACGAGGAACGGAAGGCACUUUCACGGCAACGCUUCUCUGGAGGACGCGGCCGCCGACAGCAGCACUUCUUUGAGGUUCCUGGCCGAGUCAACAUGCAUAGCGAUAACGAUGUAGUCUCUGCAUCAGUCGUCGCUUGGAGCUUCUAUCCUAAACUCUUGGUGCGAGACACACCUGGCAUGAAGGGUAUGCGAAAUAUUGGCAACAAUCAGUCUAUCAGCAUACAUCCCUCAUCAGUAAACCGUGGUCACUUCGACAUCAAGUGGCUCUCGUAUUAUCAUAUUAUGCAAUCGAAGUCGUGA